AUGUACCGACGACAAGGCUUCUACGAAAAAUUGCAAUGGAAAUUUAGAAGACCGGUUCCUCCUCCUGGUAACAUCCAAAGAAUCGUGAGAGGUGUGAUGCUCAUGGGUGUUUGUGAUCAGCCGGCAAAAGGCGAUUGUUUUAAUUUCGUGCAGUAUAAUGGUGACUAUGGCUGUACGUCUUGCUUGUCGAAAGGAGAACUAUUGCAUACAGAUGCAGGUGGCCAUGUUCAUGUGUACCCUCAUGAACUUCAAAUACAUCCAAGAACGUCUGGGCAAACGGUGGCACACGCAAAUCUUGCAACACCAGGCGAACCUGUGAUGGGGGUGAAAGGCAAUUCUGCUCUAUUUUUAAUUAUGCCUGAUUUCAUUCGAGGUACAGCAAUAGACAGAAUGCACUGUUCUGAUGGUGGUGUUAUAAAAAAAAUACUAACUUUGUUAUUCGAUGCUGCCUACAGUAAUGAGCUGCGAUUCUAUUGA